AUGCCACGUAACAACAAGAAGAACGGACGCCCAUCAACAACUGGCACUCCUUCUCACACUCUAGCUGCCAGUCCCACUUCAACAUCUCAACAGCUGCUCCCACUUCAACUGUCAACAGCAGCUCACACCCUCAUUCCCACUCCCAAUUUUAGUGGAAGUGAUUAUUUUCCA